UGACUGGCACGAGGAGGACUACAAAUAAGACCAAGAUAACUCAGUGGAGAACCUCAAUACAACUCUCUCCUCUGUUACUUAGUCAUUUUAAACGAAGAAAAGGGCAGCAGACAUGGCUCAAGCUCUGAACAUCGACCGUUGGAACCUCGAGUGUGAGUUCAACAACAUGGACCACCGCACUGAUCUUAACGGCAUAGAUCGUCUCAUUGUGAGGAGAGGCCAGCCGUUCACAAUCAGCCUGUACCUUCACUCCGGACAAUACCAACCAGGAUUCAGCUCUCUUGACUUUGUUGCAGAAACAGGUCCCCAACCCUCUGAGAUAUAUGGCACAAGGGCCUCCUUUGGUCUCUCCGACCACAUUGACACUUCCUGCUGGAGUGCUACGAUCACUAGUCCCCCUGGGGACAUGGUGGCCCUGUCUGUCUGCUCUGCCCCUGAUGCACCCAUAGGCCGCUACACCCUGACCCUGGGGCAGUCAGGGCGGAUUGAGUUUAUCCUGCUCUUUAACCCCUGGUGCCCAGGCGAUACAGUAUACAUGGACAAUGAGCAGAGUCUGGCAGAGUAUGUGUUAUCUCAGGAUGGCAUCAUCUUUCGAGGCAGCUACAAACAUCCCAUACCAACUCCGUGGAACUUUGGCCAGUUUGAAAGUGGAAUCCUAGAUGUGUGUCUGAGGAUUUUGGAUAUGAAUCCUAAAUGUCUGAAAAAUCCUGGCAAAGACUGCUCAGGGAGGAGAAAUCCCAUCUAUGUCUCCAGAGUGCUCAGCGCUAUGGUGAACUGUAAUGAUGACAAAGGGGUAGUGCUCGGAAAAUGGACAGACGGCUAUGAAGGUGGUGUCAGCCCCAUGUUUUGGAAAGGCAGUGUGGAGAUUCUGCGCAACUGGGACUCACAAGCCUGUCAGCCUGUUCGCUAUGGACAGUGCUGGGUGUUUGCUGCUGUGGCCUGCACAAUUUCUAGGGCACUUGGCAUUCCCUGCAGAGUCAUCACCAACUAUCUGUCAGCACACGACACCAACAACAACCUGGUGAUUGAACGCUACAUCAAUGAAAAUGGAGAGCUUGUUCAGACCAGAGAGAUGAUCUGGAAUUAUCACUGCUGGGUGGAGAGCUGGAUGACCAGGCAUGAUCUUAAGACUGGUUUUAACGGCUGGCAGGCGAGUGACCCAACACCUCAGGAGAAGAGUGAAGGAGUGUACUGCUGUGGCCCCAUCCCUGUCAGAGCCAUUAAGGAAGGCGAACUCACAUUGAAGUACGACGCCCCGUUUGUCUUUGCUGAGGUCAACGCUGAUGUCAUCACCACAAUGAAGAAAACAGAUGGCAACACAUCAAAAGUCACAACCACUACACUUGUGGGCCAGAAGAUCAGCACUAAGAGUGUGGGCAGUGACGCCAGAGAGGACAUCACUCAUUUGUACAAGUACCCAGAAGGAUCAGAUGAGGAGCGGGUGGCGUUUGAGAAGGCCAACCACCAAAACAAGCUGCUUCAGCAGCAGCAAAAUCAAGGCCUACACCUCACUAUCAAAGUCUCAUCAGACAUGAGGAAGGGCUGCGACUUUGACGUGUUUGCUGUUGUAACCAACAACACCCAGAGUGAGAAGAAGUGCCGCCUGGUGUUUGGGUCCUGUGCUAUGUCUUACAGCGGCUUCCUUGGAGAGAACUGUGGUUUCAAAGAUCUGCUUAAUGUUGAGCUCUCACCUGGAGCAGAGAGGAGAGUCCCACUGAGGCUGAACUACUCCAAGUAUGGCAGUGCACUCACUGAAGACAACUUAAUCCGGCUGGCAGCUCUUCUGCUGGAUUACAGCACCAGAGAGCAUGUUCUGGCAGUGAGAAACAUUGUGCUGGAGAACCCUGAAAUCAAAGUCAAAAUCCUGGGUGAACCGAAGGAGAAUCGUAAGCUGGCUGCAGAAAUCACCCUCCAAAAUCCUCUACCAGAGCCACUGGAGGACUGCUGCUUCAGCGUGGAGGGGGCCAACCUCACCGGGGGACGUGUCCUCUCUGAGAGGUUGGGCUCACCAGUGGGACCAGGGCAAGAUGCCAAGGUGAAAAUCUACUUCACUCCCACCCAUUCUGGCCUGAGAAAGCUGGUGGUUGACUUUGACAGCAACAAGCUGUGUCAUGUCAAGGGUUACAGGAAUGUCAUUAUUGGAAAAUAAUAUACUCAAGUGUAUAACACUGCAGUGUUUGAGCUCAAUUGUUGUUUUUUAGCUGAAAAAGGACCCUGCUUAAUCACAGCUUGGAUGUUUUUUUUAAAUAUAUUUAGUAGUUCAAUGUACUGUAUAUCACUGAUGGCUCCAAGUAUUUCUGUUAUUUUAUAACAUUUAAUAUGUGACCUGAGAGCACUUUGUAUUCAGAAAGACAUAUCCAGUCUGCAUAAACGAUACAUAAAAAAAUAAAUUUCCCAUAUUUUCCACUCAAUUCUAGGUAAUGAUCUGUAUUUUUAGUACCAUGUACUAUUUUUAUACUGUUUAAGCAUGUCAAGUAAAACAGGUGUCAGAAAGAUCUGAUUAUUGUGCUAUUGUGAAAAUCAAUUAGACUGUUUAUGUACAAUCUACGACCUUUAUACAUUUUUUUUUUUAUUUGUGGGUAAUGUGACAGCAGGAGAUAUACAUUUACUUUGAUGAUGUUUGAAUACAAUGAAUAUAGGCUGUUUAGAAAAAUGUGCAUGAAAAGAUCAAGUAAGACAACACUUAGAGCUCCUAACCAACAGUUCUGACUUAAAUUCUUCUGAAUAUGGAAAACAUCUUCACCUGGAGUAAAUAUGUCUGUCAUCACUACUAUCAUGUAUAGAUAUAUAUAGUAAUGAAACACUUUUCAUAUUAAAGAGCUUUUCAUUUCAA